GCACGCAAUGAAGAAAAGGCGCAGUCCAUGCUGUACCGCUUUCGGGAGGCGCAAGCUGCAGAGUUGGGUCUCGCCACUAAAGGCUCCAAGCGGCCGCGGAUGGCAAGCGCGUGCAAGUCUUUGAGAGAUUGUGAGCGGUGGAGGGGAGAGAUCCUGCGAGAAAUCAGCAGGAAGGUGUCAAAGAUACAAGACGCUGGACUGACCGACUAUGAAGUGCGCGAUUUGAACGAUGAGAUCAACAAGCUUAUGCGGGAGAAACGGCACUGGGAGAAUCAGAUCAUUGCACUUGGAGGAGCAAACUAUCGGAGAAAUGUGGCAAUGGUGGAUGAAGAUGGGCAGGAGGUGCCCGGUACCAGAGGGUAUAAGUACUUUGGACGUGCACGAGACCUGCCCGGAGUGAAGGAGCUCUUUGCCACAAAAGCAUCUAAAGAAGAAGAAGAGUCGCAUGUACUCCAGCGAUAUAAGCAAUAUCUGGAUCAACCACCCUCGUACACCGGCGAUGAAGACGAAGAUGACGGAACGCUGCUGGCAUUCGAGCGCGAAGCUGAGGAGGAAGACUGGGCGGAGGCAUACACAUCUUUGCAGCAAGCGCUCAGUCUUCCUGAAACUCCUCCACCAGAGAUGCCCAUCCCUCCCGCCGAACCGCUCAAAACUGCUGGUCAAUUAAAAGAGGGAGAGGAACCGAGUAAUCCUUUGGCAUGGUUAGGUGAUCAGAUCAAGCCACCAAAAAUGCCGUCAGAGGAGGAGAUGGAAAAGGUAUUACUCGAGAUGAGGAAGCAGGUGCUCCUACGCGAGUAUGCGGCCGAAUGA